GCUGGCUUCAGUCAGGGUGGAGCUGCUUAAAAGGCCUGGGAUCAGACCCUUUGUGAACACAUCCAAGCUUAAGACGGUGGGGUCAGCUUCACAUUCUCAGGAACUCUCCUUCUCUGGGUCUGGCUGAAGUUAAGGAUCUCUUACUCUCUAGGCCACGGAAUUAACCCGAGCAGGCAUGGUGGCCUCCGCUUUCACCUCAUCAGCAGUGACCCGUGUGGCCAAAGUGGCCAGGGUGGCCUCUAGCUGUGCCACCUGUGUCUUGCCCCUGGCGAGGAUUGCUACAGUUGUGAUUGGAGGAGUUGUGGCCGUGGGGGCUGUGCCCAUGGUGCUCAGUGCCAUGGGCUUCACUGCGACGGGAAUCGCCUCGUCCUCCAUAGCAGCCAAGAUGAUGUCCGCAGCGGCCAUUGCCAAUGGGGGUGGAGUUGCCCCGGGCAGCCUUGUGGCCACUCUGCAGUCACUGGGAGCAACUGGACUCUCCGGGUUGACCAAAUUCAUCCUGGGCUCCACUGGGUCUGCCAUUGCGGCUGGCAUUGCGAGGUUCUACUAGCUCCCUGCCCCUCACCCUGCAGAGAAGAGAACCAUGUCAGGGGAGAAGGCACCCAGCCGUCCUGACCCAGCGAAGAGCCAACUAUCCCGAAUAUACCUGGGGUGAAAUAUACCAGAUUCCGCACGCCCAGAGGAAAAUGAGAAAUAAAGAUGAAUUGUUGCAACUCUU